UGUUAACACUAACCCCAUCAAGAACUAGCAGUGAGUUGAUUUAAUAAUAUAUUUAAGUAUUGCAUGAUUGAGAUGAGUUGUUAACAUAUUCCACAUCCACACUAUAUUUAAAUAAAUUAUUAUUUGCAUAAUCUGUUUUUUUUCAGGUGUGGUUUAAUGCUCCACUUUAUUGAUUAAUGUAUGCAUUGUGAAUGUAGAUAUAAAAAUUUACAUUUGUGUCGGUAAAUGCUGUGGUUUAUGCAAAUUGCAGAAUGGUAUAUAAACCACCACACAUCCAUGAGCAGCAGUCUAAACCAGUCUUAAACCAUGCUUCUUAAUCACAUUUGCACUUUCCUUGUGGUCUUUACUGUCUUUUUUAAAGUUUCUUGUUCAACAUCUGAGUUCAGCUUAGAUGGAGAUUAUUUACUGGGUGGCCUUUUCCCAGUACAUGAAGUUGUACAGACGACAUCCAGGUUCACCCCAGAGGCUCUGGAAUGUAAACGGCACACUUUCACAAAAUCUGGCUAUUUUAUGUUCCAAGUAAUGAGAUAUGCUGUUGAGGAAAUAAAUAACUCCACCACCUUGCUGCCCAAUGUUUCUCUGGGCUAUGACAUUUUUGACCAUUGUACUGACACUAAGAAUUUCCCUUCAGUCUUAAAUUUUAUGUCACAGAAUGGAUCAAUAAAACCUAGAGAAAAACUCAUCAGCCAUCAGUCUAAAGUCAUUGCUUUAACAGGACCAUAUGGAAGCUCAAGAACUAUAUCUGUUGCUCAAGUGCUCACAGUGGAUCUUAUACCGAUGGUGAAUUAUGGAGCUUCAAGUUAUGAAUUGGAUAAUAAACUUAAGUAUCCAACUUUUAUAAGAACAGUCCCUAGCAGCAAUGACUUGAUACAGAUGAUUAUUCGCAUCAUACAGUGGUUUGGGUGGAACUGGGUUGCUUUUCUUGGAGGCCCAGACAAUUACAGUGAAGAUGGACUCAAACUGUUUUACAAGUAUACUACAAAUACUAGCAUCUGCUUGGCCUAUCAGGACACUAUUAGAAUAGGAGGAAACUACAACCAGACACUUAAAAAAAUCAAUAGUCUAAACAUUAAUGUCAUUGUGGUUUAUGCUGUGGCAAUGUAUGUAGAAAACUUUAUAAGAGCUGCAAUAGCAAACAACAUUCAAGGCAAAGUUUGGAUUGCUGGUCAAGGAUGGUCUAUGCAUCAGCAGCUUCUAAAGGAGCCAGGAAUUGAGAAAAUUGGUACCGUUAUUGGCAUUAAUGAUAGAGUAAUGUCAUUACCUGGAUUUGAUAAGUUUAUUUAUAAAGCCAAAGCCACACCUAAUAAUGGCAAUGUUAAGAAUGAAGUCCAGAGUAAGAUAUGCAAUCAAGAAUGUAAGGAAGGUGCAUUGUUGACUGCAGAGCAAAUUAUUAACGAAGACCCGUCAUAUGCAUUUGGUGUCUACUCUUCCAUACAUUCCAUUGCUCAUGCAUUACAUAAAGUUCUGCAGUGCAAAAUAAAUCAAUGCAGCAAAAAUAUAACAGUUAAACCAUACAUGCUUCUUAGAGAAAUUAAGAAGUUGGAUUUUCCACUCAAUGGCCGUGAGGUGAAAUAUGAUUUUAAUGGUGAUUCACCUGUCAGCUAUGCAGUUGUGCUCUGGCACACUAAAACAAAACCUCCAUGGAUUGAGAUGGUGGGCACAUUUGACACGUACCCAGAAAUACAUUUUACUAUAAAUAACUCUCUUAUGCCUUGGGAUAACAAUACUUCUGUUCCUUUCUCAAACUGCUCUGUUGAAUGUGAGGAUGGAUAUUCAAGGGAACGUGAGGGAGUUAAUGAUUGCUGUUUUCAGUGUAUAAAAUGCCCACAAAACACCUAUGUGGAUUAUUCUCGUAAGUACCUUUUUGAUAUUUGACUUUUUUAACUACCACCUGUUCAUUUGUAAGGGACAAAACCUAUUGCAGACUGCAGAAUAAAAAUAGAAAGACAUAAGUUAGAUUGGAUAAUUAAUAAUUAUGAAACUGGAUAAUUGAGACUUGUGGGACUCUGUUUUAAAUGGCAUUCACAAAGCCUCAAUCACUUCCUUGAUAGUGAGACGCCAUCUCCUUCUUAAUUGGAAAGCAACAAAUUCCCCAUCCAGUACAUUUUGGAUGACUGAAGUUAUGUCUUUUUUAAAACUGGAAAAAAUA